GCGAAGUAGGCUUUCUGCAGGGGCAAAACAUGAUGACGGAGUCUGUGUGGACGAAGUGGUUUGUGGAUUAGGAAGAGGGGUAAUGGAUGGAGACAAAACCAGGGGAGGUAGGAGUGGUGAAGACAGGGGUGGUAGAGUUGUCGGAAGACGCACACACAGAGAAGCUGAAAGGACAGGAGCAGGAGAAAGAGAAGGCCAAGCAGCUGAAUGAGGAGGAGGAGGAGGAGGAGGAGGAGGAGGAGGAGGAGGAGGCACACCAGGUGGAAGAAGAAGGGAGAGGAGAAGAGGACCACCCGGUCUGGUCUGCGCUGGCAUAGUCAUAACAGUGGAAACAGAUACAAGAAAACAAACCUUAAACCGCCAGUACACGACCCCUGCCUUGCAAGCAGAUUUCUUCAUAACCUGCUACUAAACUUUCAGAGGCUCGGGCGAGCACACCACAAUUAUGGCUGGCGGCACCAGCCAAAGAAAGAAAAAGAAAUGUGCCGCUGGUGGAACGAAUGGGCCCCUCAUCCCAAACCAUGGGUGGAAUCUCUAGGCAGAUAUUUUUUCAUGGCACUUGACCCAAUUACUGAGGACAACAACAGCCAAAAAAAAAACACUACUCCUCUACAACAUACAUGACAACAAGCACGGGGCAACAGUCAGAAAGACAAAACAUUCUAAAACAGAAAACGUAAAAGAAAACAACCUUCUAUACAAAUAGAAAUAACCAAACCACAUCAACAAAAUGUCAAUACCAAG